AAUCCUGGAAGCGAUGGAAGGCCUGGAGAGCGUGGAGCGCCUGGAGCCUUUGGAGCACCUGGAUUCCCUGGAGCCGAUGGAAAUCCUGGAAGCGAUGGAAGGCCUGGACCAGUUAUAAUGUGUGGUAGAGAUGUCUUUGGAGCUAUUGCACAGGAUGUUGACACACUGAUGAAGACCACAGCUAAGUUUGAACUGGCUGCAAAUUUUGACUUUACACGGAGGGUUGGGCAGAAAUACUUUGUGUCCAACAAACUCAGAGGCUCCUUCCAGGAGGCCGUCGAGUUCUGCUCUCAACAAGGUUUAGAGCUGGCUUUACCCCACAAGGACCAGGAGAACCGCAUCCUGACUCAGCUGUUUGGUGACGUGGAUAACGUAGCCUGGAUCAACGUCAACAAUAGAGCAGUGGCAAACUUUCAAUCUGACAUGAAAAACCAGCGUCUCACCUUCACCAACUGGGAAGGAGGACAACCAGAUAAAUCCAUCCAGGAUACUGGCUGCACCACGCUGCGAGACAAUGGCUACUGGCGAGUGACGCGCGACUGCUCCCUGAACGCUUACAUCAUCUGUCAAAUAUAGACCCCCAUGGAGUAACGUUAAGGAC